CAGAGCCUGUCCCGGGGAAGCCGGGUGGGAGCUGCGCUCUGCAGCUGGGCAAGUACUCGCGGGCGCAGUGGGCCACGGUGCCCUAGCCGGGAUGCGGGAAGCCUUGCGCGCAGCCGGGAUGUCCCAAGUCCGGGAGGCCAGCCAGCCCUUGGAGGCAGGCGUCACGGAAGUGAGGAGGCCGAGAAGGAUGUUGAGCCACUGGUCCAGGUCUAGGGAGGCUGAACACUGCUGGGUGCCUUACCAGCUUCCUGGAAGAGUCAUACUGAGUAUCCCAUGUUCACAGAGGGCACAACAGUUCUCCGGCUGGGACUGCUGCCAGAGUCUUCCCCGGGGAAGACGCAGUGUUCUUCACAGACAGCAUGCUUCAGUGCAAGCAGCUAUUAGCUGCCGAAAGUUGGGGAUGGACCACAGGGAGGAAGGUUUCCAAGCGGGUGCAGAGGAUGCUGGGGAGCCAAAGGCCUCCCCACCGGAGAAAACCCUCAUGAGACCCCUGUACUCUCCGUCACCCGAUCUCCAGCCUCCCUCAAACUGCUGCAUGAGUGGCUGUCCCAACUGUGUGUGGGUAGAUUAUGCAGAGACCCUGCUGAAGCACUACCAGGAUGGUGGGCAGCAGGCCCUGGCCAUCCUGGAGGAGCACAUAACCGAUGAGAACCUCAAGGCCUUCCUCAGAAUGGAGAUCCGGCUCCGCAUGCAGAGUGGAGGCUGAGCCAGUUUACCUGGGAAUCCUUGCCAUGGGCAGAAGCGAUCCCUAAGAAGCAGCAGGGGCUGCUUGAGUCUGGAAGCCCCCACAUGUCUGCCAGGAAUAGGAAUUAUUGUAUAACAGCUUCACCUCAGAAUAAAUUCUCUGCGACAACCCAA